AUGCCCGAGGCUGCAGCCGCCCGCGGCUCCUCAGACGCUCCCGAAGGGGCGGGAGGGGGCGGGACGGCGCUUCCUUUCAGCCUUCGCUCAUUGGGUGAAUGUCACGUGACGUCAGUAGCGUGCGCGCUCCCGGCGGCGUCGCCUGGCAGCCGGCGCGCGAGCGCGCGGGCGCGGGUCCCUCUUCCCCUGCGGAGCGCCCUUCCAGCCCCGCCCCCCACCCCAACGUUCCAUCCCCCCGCGGUCCACGUGGCUGUCACUUCGGAAGCUCCUGUCGAAACCCGAGAGUGCGCCCAUCCCCCGUCGCGGGCCGCGGUCCCUGUGGGUUACCUCUGCUGCAGUGUGGCUCUUCCCCUCGCGCCCCCGAGAUGUGUGGUCUGGCGGCGGCUUCCUCCGCAGGGCAGUGCCGCAGAGGCUCAGCACUGGCCGUUCGGACACUUCCUAAGCCCAGGACUGACUGCCUCGGAGACCGCUGUCGCUGACCGACCAUCCCAUCGGCGGACUCUCUGCGUCCGCGGAGGGUGGACCCUGGGAAGGAGGGACAGAGAAAAAAACAAGAUAAGACUUACCACCCAAGUGGAUAGUCAAGAUUUAAAUGAGAAGGAACUAAAAGAGCUGGGACAGGAAAGGCUCCUACCACUUCAAUCCCCUGUGCCCUCUGGAACAAUGUCUAGCUCACAUGUUGGCAGCAGCAGCCCACAAACCUUCACAGCACUGGGACCCAGGAGCCUUGGGUUUGAGGACAAAAGGAAAAAAUUACCAAGACGUAUUGCUCACAAGUUCCUACUAAAAGCCUUUUUAAAAUAAAGGUACUAUUAAU